ACGAAGCGAUGUGACACAAGAAAUAGUUGAAAUGGAUUUGUGGUUUGAGUGGAGGGAAGAUAAUAAUGAAGAGCGGUUUUCGUUUGAAGACAGCGACAGAUUUGAAGAGGAUUCAUUGGUGUCCUGGAACUCUGAGCCAGAAAGCAUUUGUGCCAACUGGCGAGGAUGGAAGCCUAGCUCCCAAAGUCAGAGUGGCGCGAAUUUGGUAUCAGAGACCGAGAACAAAGUUGAUAGCUUGAUCGAAAUAUGUGCCAAAACAGUCGCAAAUUCCAUCCCAUUUGAAGCUGUGGAACAGUCCUACCCACAAAUACCAGAACAAAUACAGUUGAGGAUAGCUUUCUGGUCUUUUCCUCGCGUCGACGAUGAUAUCAGAUUGUACUGUUGUCUUGCAAAUGGCAGCCCGGACGAGUUCCAAAAAGGGGAGCAUCUCGUCAAGGCAAAGGCCGUUAGGGACGCUUUACAAAUUGGUUUCCAUUUAAGUGCAACAGUAAACCAACAACAUAGUUCUGUCCAAACCAGAGGAAUGUUCAGUGUAGCAGUAACCUUCGACAGGGGACAUAUAACAUCAUGUAACUGUACAUGUUGCCCUUCGGCAACAUGGUGUGCACAUAUCAUUGCAUUAUGCCUGUUUCGUAUAUAUCAUCCAGAACAAGUUUGCCUGCGAGCACCGGUUUCUGAAUACUUGUCUCGCUUGAGAAGAGAUCAACUUCAGAAAUUUGCACAGUACCUUAUUAGUGAACUACCACAACAGAUUCUCCCAACAGCACAGCGUAUUCUUGAUGAGCUUUUGUCAUCUCAAGAAUCAGCCAUCAACACUAUGUCUGGUGCACCAGAUCCAACAGCCGGACCGGCUGCGACUGAUCACAACAAAUGGUGUAUGGAUGAAAAAGGGUUGAGAGAUAACGUUCGUAAAAUGUUGGUCAGGUUCUGUGGUCCUGUUCCGUUGGUAUUUAGUGAUGUUAGCGCAGUAUACAUGUCCAAUACUGCUCCACCUACUGCUGCCGAAUGGUCCAACCUCCUGCGGCCAUUAAAGGGACGAGAACCAGAGGGAAUGUGGAACCUACUGUACAUYGUUAGGGAAUUGUUCCACAGACGAGACUCCAAUGCUAUUAAUCUUCUCUCUGCACUGACUGAAGAGUGUCUUGCAAAUGACCAGGUWGUUAUAUGGUGGUUUGAUAGCCGUAGCCAAGCGUCRGGYUCCUCUGUACAUCGUAACCAUGGUAAUGGCUACCGUAACAACACCAAUGCUGCCAGUACUGAGGCUACAAAGCAUGCAUGUGCAGGGUUUUGUGAUGAGCUUGUUGUCUUGUGGUGGCUAGCAGCAUUAAACCCUAAACUAAGUGAUAAUGACAGACAGGACUUGAAAGURUGGYUAGAACGUUGGCACCAAGAUGCUGUAGAMAAAGCAAGAGCAGGCCAUGGAGGAGGCUUUCAAGCUGCUGUUUCAUGUUUUCCUGGUUUUCAUCCCGCUAUAGAGGCUUGYUCCUUAACCUGGGACAACAUYGAGAUYACAUCUGAUGCUGAAAAGCCUCAGGAGGCAUGCAUUGCUAGCRGUUUAYUCUGUAACAGUGCCAACAAUGCAGUGUCUACYAGUAGUUCCCAUGAAAUGGUUGAAAAUGUUUGUUCAGAAGGUGACCUUGCAACGUCUGCUGAAAGAAAAYCUGACAAAGAUUAUGAUGUACAUCAUAAAGAAACACCCACACCAGUUGACCUCCAUGACAUUGAAGAAGACCUGGAAGUACUUUGUGCAAGAGCUGAAGCACUUCAUGUUCAUGGCUACUCUUCCAAAGCAAGUAAACUUGCARUAAGACUGGCAGAAAGAAUCCUUGAUAGCAAGACUCAUCUUGACUUGAGUACAGCAACCAAUWCCCACAAGAACACAAAGUCRUCUUCAUUYAGCAGUACYACUCUCGUGAAGGCAGCGUUCCUGUGUGGAGUACUUGCUGAGGAUCCUCACUGUCAUCAUCUAGCAUUUAAAGUUGGUAUGUUUGGGUUAGAGAUGCCACGGCAGCCUGCUAAAAGCAAGGCAUUAGAGGUCAAGCUAGCUCAUCAAGAAUCAGAACUUACAGCUCUACUAAGAAGGCUUCCUCUUCAAGGCGAAGAGAUGAUGGUUGUCAGGGAAAAAGCCAAUCUAAUCUGCCAAGGAAAACUACAACGUGGUGGUGCUGUGUUGCCAAUCAUGCUUGCGACAUUCAUCUUUGAAGUUCUGUGCUGUCGAGAUAAAUGCAGCAAGGAAGCYAAGAAUGACCAGGAAAAAAAGGUUGAUGAAGAUCUUGGUUAUAUGGCAGCAUUCUGUGCUUUAGGUAUGAGACCUAAUAUCCUCGAAUCGCAGUACCCAAUUUUAUGUGAAGGAAUAAGACGUCAAAGAGGGGACCUUGCAAUUGCUUUAUUAGAUCAUUGCAAAGACACACCCUCUAGGCUUAAGGCAGUCAAGGAGGUCCUUCUMGAUAAGUCUCGUUACGAUGGACCAGGUUUUGUUAGUGAAGUUGARAGACAAAAUGGCACGAGACARACGGACACAAAACAGAACGAGAACGACAAAAAGACUGAUGAUAGUWAUGUUAGAAAUAGAGGUGGAUUUGGUUUACCUAGUAACCGUCAAGGAAGUAACAGUCAAAGYUCGUCUUACACAAGUGACAGUGGUACAGACAGUGGGAGUAGAUCUAGUUCAGGCUACAGUCGACCACGAGGACGACCAGCAGGUGGRAAACCACAACCAAAGUUCACCGUCACYGUGAGUGAGGUUAGAACAGAGGAGGAAAGCGGAAGCUCAAGUGGGGUGGACACUGACUCAGCUGUCAAUCAUCCGUCAACCAAUGUCUCAGCAAAAGUAGUGGGUGUCUGUCAUGUGUCUCCACGAGGGGGUAAUAAUGCACAGGGCACGCCGGGAACAAGAAAAGACAGGAAGCCCAAGGCAACUAAUUCUCGAAAGGUGAACCAACAGACUAGGGCAACKUCAGAUCUUGAAGGCUCUGAUAUCGAUGUAGAUAAUGACGAACUAGGUAUUGACUCAGGCGGUGUUGCGCUCUCACCAAGUACCAACCUCAGUGUUAAAGUCCAGGAAAUCACUCUWCCUUUGCAWAACCGUGACCAGGAUAAGCGAAGAGACUCUAAUAGUUCUGGUGAAAAGGAUGCCGGRUACAAGGAGUCACUGUCAGAUUCCCCUGCCUCCUCCUCAUCUGCUAUUGUUUCCUCUGAAGGUUCGUCAGGUUGUGAUCCUCCAUUAAACAAACCAAGCGGAAAGAAUAAGACCCCCUUGGUGGCAUUUAAGACAGAAGGGUUACCACCCCCUCCAAAAAACACCGAUGAUGAUUCUCAUUCAAAUUUGGGGUCUGGAACUAGCAGUACUGUUGUGAAAGCUACACAAGGAGAAUUACUGCCUCGAUUACCUGCUUCUGGAACACAUAAUCAAGUGUCCACAUCAUGUAACGGUGAUUUAGAAUCGGUUGAUGAAGUCUUCGAAUCAAAUGAUGUCAAAUUCGAAUCGUAUGAUAGCAUAGAAUCUGGUAACAAACCUGAAGCUCAAGAUGGUCUCGCCAUGGCAGCCUGUUCGUUGUCUUUAUCUAAUGAUACAACUGUGGAAGGYCAGCCCUCUGAAAACCGUCCAGGUUGGCUUGGUACUCACCCAGAGGUUGCUGAAGGUGCUUCGAGUUUGAUAGAGGGAGAUGGCGUAGCGGCAGCGGCUGUGGCGGGCGGUGCGAGUGCAGGGGGGAACGAAUUAAGUCCAGGUAGAAACAAACGUUAUCCAAACAAGAAGAACCGCCGUAAAAAGAAAGGAAAAAACUCAGCUGUCAAUCAAGCUACAGAAGCUGAAGCACACUUUAUGUUUGAAUUGGCGAAGACAGUGUUGACAAGAGCCGGUGGUAAUAGUACUACAUCAGUAUUUAGUACCCCAGCUACUAGCACGAGCCAUAGCGGACCCCACAGGGGGCUCCAGCUGUGCGCCUUUGAGCUUGGUCUAUUUGCUCUCGGCCUACAUAAUCGUACGUCAAUCAACUGGCUGUCUAGAACCUAUUCAUCUCAUGUGUCAUGGAUCUCUGGACAGGCAAUGGAAAUUGGUAGCACAGCCAUCCAGUUGUUGAUUGAAAGAUGGGAAAGUAAUUUGACCCCAUCAGAAGUAGCAUCCAUCGCUGAUAGAGCAUCAAGGUCCAAUGAUCCUACAAUGGUACGGGCUGCUGCAGAGCUUGGUUUGUCAUGUUUGCACAUGGCACACACCCUUAACCCUGGGGAAAUCCAGCGAGGUUUGUUACAGUGCCGAGACGAGGAUACUCAGCUCUUAGACAGGGCGUGUCAAGCAGUCGAGAGCGCUGCGAGAGGUGGCGGAGUCUAUCCUGAAGUUCUUUUUGACGUCGCGAGGCAUUGGCAUUAUCUUCACGAGCAGAGUCAAGCAAACACCUCACGGUCUCAUAAGGAGAACUCAAGAAGAGGUUCACAAUCUUCAAGACCACAGUCCCAGCCAUCUACUGCCUCAUCAUCUACCCCCUCAGUAGCCCCCUACCUCCACUCCUCACUGGGAUCACACUCAAGCUUCAUUCCUCCACCACCAUAUCAGACAGCAGAGCAGUAUGUACAGACACAAAUGCAUCAACAGGUACAACAUCUAAUGAACCAAGGCAGCUAUACCUCACCAUAUAGAUCAAGUAACCAGACUAAUUACGGGUACAAUACCAGGCAGCUUCAUGGUAAUCAAUUCCAGAUCACAGGGUCAUAUGGUGGUCUACCACCACCCUACCAAACAGGCAACCCGGCCGUGUGUCAGGUAUCAAGCCGCGCAUUAAGUACUCAACCCGCUGGACAAGUCUCUUACUAUUUGAACAAUGCUUACCGAGUUGGUAUGCUCGCUUUAGAAUCGCUUGCCCGAAGAACUCCCGACGACCGCCCGACAGUCAAAUACUCCAGAAACCCGCCAUGCAGUGAUGAUAUUCGGUGGCUGUGUUCGUUGUCGGCGAGACUCGGAACUUCGUAUCUUCAUCGGUUCUGUGUUUCAGCGUUAAACGCAGUUGUUAGUCCAUUUGUUCUGCAUGACCUCGCCUUAGAGGCAGCCAGGCACCUUGCAAGGUCGAAUCCAGCACAGUUAGCAGUUAAUCUACGUUCGCCUAACAUUAGUCCAUUAGURCAGAAAAGCUUGUCGAUGUACGGACAGUGUAUUCAUCAYAAUCUCAUGAUCAUGGCUCAAUCUGAUCACGAAGAGUUUGUGGAGCUCUUGAGGCAUGCCAGGGGGGCMUUCUGCAUGGUUCCGGGGGGGAUGAGUCAAUUUAAUGAACUAUUACAAAGUAUUCGAAGGCUGUAUCCCAAGAAGAAAGAUUUAUGGCAAAAAAUUAUGACUGGCCUUGCCAAAGCAUAGUAAAGCKUGAAAUUAAAACAAGCACAAUAAGCCAGUAGAUUUAUGGACGGCGUAUAUGAACUAUGAUAUAAUAAUAUAUAAAGAUAAUAAAAAAUAUAUAAUUAAUAGAAGCAAAACAAACACAAGAAAAAAWUCGAUGUUUUGUUAUUUUGCUUGGUAUGAUGUUCUAAACAUUCAUUAUAUUCUAGAAACAUGAUCAUGAUUUUUGUCACGUGGUACAUUUUUUUGAAAUACUUUAUUAUAAUAAAAAGCUUUGUUUUGUUCGA